ACCCGGCUUGAGAUGGCGGCGGCGGCGGCGGCGGGGGACUCCGACUCCUGGGACGCGGACACGUUCUCCGUGGAAGACCCGGUGCGGAAGGUGGGGGGCGGCGGCACCGCCGGCGGGGACCGCUGGGAAGACGAGGACGAGGACGAGGACGUCAAGUUAGAAGAACCUGAAGAACCUAGAGUGCUAACACCAGAACAAUUAGCAGAUAAACUGCGGCUAAAGAAAUUACAGGAAGAGUCAGACCUCGAAUUAGAGAAAGAAACGUUUGGUGUUAAUAAUACAGUUUAUGGAAUAGAUGCUAUGAACCCAUCUUCAAGAGAUGCCUUCACAGAGUUUGGAAAGUUACUAAAGGAUAGAAUUACACAAUAUGAAAAAUCAGUAUAUUAUGCCAGUUUUUUGGAAGCCUUAGUUCGAGAUGCGUGUAUUUCAUUGGAAAUUGAUGACUUGAAAAAGAUUACCAAUUCAUUGACUGUACUUUGCAGUGGAAAACAGAAGCAAGAAAAGCAAAGCAAAAAGAAGAAAGGUGUGGUUCCCAGAGGGGGAUUAAAGGCUACCAUGAAAGACGAUCUGGCAGGUUAUGGUGGUUAUGAUGGAGGAUAUGUACAAGACUAUGAAGACUUCAUGUGACAUUUUAUCUUCUCCUGGUGUCUUCUUUCUCUUGCCCACAAUCCCUUCAACAUGUAGCACAACUUCCUUUCCUUUCAGUUCUGCCAAAUGCUACAAUCAGAAGUGCA